CCCGGCGGAAGUCGUUCGUUGCUGCGGAGCGGAGCGGAGCAGAGCGGGGCGACAUGGCGGACGUCUCCUUGGACGAGCUGAUUCGGAAGCGCGGCGCCACCGUCAAGGGCCGGCUCCCUAUCAGACCUGGGAUCGGCGGGGUUCGAGCUCGCGUUGGGGUCCAACAGAACCUCCUCAGCCAGUCCCCGCGCACAGCCACCUUCCAGCAGAGGUUUGAUGCCCGGCAGAAGAUCGGCAUUGUGGACGCCCGCCUCAAGCUGGGGCUCAAGGAUGCCCGGGAAAAGCUCUUGCAGAAAGAUGCCCGGUUCCGCAUCAAAGGGAAAGUGCAGGAUGCCCGGGAGAUGCUGAACUCCCGCAAGCAGCAGGCCAGCAGCGCGGCCCCCAGCAAGCCCCGCCCGGUGGCGGAUGCCCGAGAGAGGAUCAGCCUGAAGCGCAGCGCCCCGGCCACCUUCCUGAGCCCACCCAUCGGCACCGUGACCCCUGCGCUGAAGCUCACCAAAACCAUCCAGGUUCCUCAGCAGAAGGCCUUGGCGGCGCAGCACACCCACCCUGCUGGGAUGAGGAUCAACGUGGUCAAUAACCGCCAGGCCAAGCAGAACUUAUAUGACUUGGACGAAGAUGAUGACAUGGUAGCUCCCAUUCCUAGUAAGCAAAUGAAGUUCUCGUCAUCAGGCAGCUUUGUCCAGCAUGUGACCGGGCUGAGCAGUUCUAAGCUUUCCGUGGCCAAGGCACACCCCCUCACCAAGGUGGUCCAGAAUGAUGCGUACACAGCCCCUCUGCUGCCUUCCUCCUUUCGAACUAAAGCCUUGUCCCGGACUCUAGUGAACAAGGAGGAGCCCCCCAAAGACCUGCUGUCUGCUGAACCUGUCUUCAGCCCCCUGGAAGGCACCAAGAUGACCGUGAACAACCUGCACCCUCGCGUCACUGAGGAAGAUAUAGUUGAGCUUUUCUGCGUGUGCGGAGCCCUGAAGCGCGCCCGGCUGGUCCACCCGGGGGUGGCUGAGGUGGUCUUCGUGAGGAAGGAUGACGCCGUCACUGCCUACAAGAAAUACAACAACAGGUGUCUGGACGGCCAGCCAAUGAAGUGCAACCUGCACCUGAACGGGACUGUCAUCACGUCAGACCAGCCCAUCCUGCUCCGGCUGAGCGACGGCCCCACGGUGAAGCGGGAGAGUGAGCUACCCCGCAGGGUGAACUCUGCCUCCUCGUCCCACCCUCCUGCUGAGGUGGAUCCGGACACCAUCCUGAAGGCGCUCUUCAAGUCCUCCGGGCCCUCUGCGGCCACCCAGCCCACAGAGUUCAAAAUCAAACUUUGAGCAGGGCCCAGGGGCCCGAAGCAGGGGCGGAGACGUGACUCUGCUGCCCGGCAAUGCUUCUGAGUUUCUGACCAAUGACCGUGGGACUGGAGCCCCCUGAGCUGGGCACAGGGGAGGCCCCAUUGGCUGCUCCUGCCCUCCUGGUCCUAUAGUGUUUCCUCUCUCUCCACCUCAUGCCCAGACCGGCCCUUCCUGAGUGUCUCCCAUCCCCAAACAAUAUACUUUACCCCCUAUUCUUGGGAUGGCUUGCUUAUAGUGGCCUCGUAGAAUUUGAGGGCCCAUUUCAAGGGUGCUGCAGAGAUUGCUUUCUUCAGGGGUGAGGGGCUGUCUGUCUUUGUUAAGCUCUGCAAGCACAUCCAGGAGUGGAGGCCUUGCUGUUCUUGUUCAGUGCCCGACUGCGAGGAGCAGCACAGGGCGCCUGGGUGGGAUCUGUCACCUGAGGACUCCUAGUCCCCGCAGCACGACGGACCCUGCUCUGUGGUCUGGAGGGGCCCCCAACCUCAGCUGCCAGAGUCUGCAUGCAGAAUUCACGUGGUCCUUACUGUGCCGGAUGCCUGGUUGUACCCACCCAGGACUCAGUACACGCUGGGGUAGCUGGAGCUGCCAUGCAGCUGUGCACCCCCAUCCUUUUUCUGAUAGGACCGUGAUGACAGUUUGACAGGUGUGGGCUUGCUCCCGACUUGUACUCUUGUCUGGGUGUUUGCAGGGCCGUGUUGGGUCCGCUGCCCCUCAACCC